CCUAAUACCACAUUCCUCUAUGAAAUUUGUGAAUAAAUAGUACCACAAAGUGAACUAAGGAAGAGCACAAAAUAUUAUUUGGGAUAUGUUGUCUCCCAUUUUGCACACUAGCUAGUUUUUCUCCUUAGCUCUCGUUUUUUUUUUUUUCUUUGACUCAACAAGCCAAAAUUAUGACCAGAAAGAAGGUGAAGUUAGCUUACAUCAACAACGACGCCUCUCGAAAAGCCACUUAUAAGAAGAGAAAGAAAGGUCUGAUAAAAAAAGUGAGCGAGCUGAGCACCUUGUGUGGUGUAGAUGCGUGUGCAAUCAUCUAUAGCCCUUACAACACUCAGCCUGAGGUGUACCCUUCUCCAGGAGGAGUACAUCGUAUAGUGAAAAAGUUCAAGAAAAUGCCUGAGAUCGAGCAGAGCAAGAAGAUGAUGAACCAAGAAGUUUUCCUAAAACAAAAAAUUGGAAAGGUGAGUGAGCAGAUGAAGAGGCUGAAGAAAGAGAAUCGUGACAGAGAGCUGAAUCGACUCUUGUAUGGAAAUCUCUCUGGUAAGAUGAACCUUCAAGGCUUGACUGUUAAAGAUUUAAAUGAUCUCACCUCGCUUAUUGACCAAAAUUUAAAGAAUAUUAAUAAGAGAAUGGAAGAAAUAGCGAAAAAAACUAAGAUUGCUCGAAUGACAGCAGCUACUGCAGCAAAAGUGCCUCCAUUCAUAAAUGGGGAAGUAAACGCUGCUUCCGCUACUACUAUGGCGUAUGACAAUGAUCGUGGCAGGGGCAUAAGGAGGGAUUUAAACGCUCAAAAUUAAGCUAAUAACAAUAAUUUGAUGAAAUUUGGGAAAUCAGAUGUGAUGUUUUCAUUGGGGAACAACAACAUGAACUUUAAUUAAAUAUUGUUUAGUUAUGGCGAUUAUUCAUGUUUAUGAGUUAUUUGUGUUAGUAUGGUAUUUUAUUUUAUUCUCUUGUUGUUGUUGGUCGAAAUCAUUGUUAAUUUUAUUUUAUGUUGUUUUAAUUAAGUAAUAUGAGUGUUAUUGGUGUCGUUAUGAUGUAGUUUUCAUUUCAAUAAAGUUUUAUUUUAGUUAUUUAUUGUUUUAUGUUGUUGCUUGGGAAUAAUGAGGAAUUUUGUUUAAAUUUUAUGGUUUUAUUAUUCUAUUAUAAACUUUUAUAGGGUUAUUUUUUACCAUGUGUUUUAUAAAAGUUGUUGAUUAGAUCUCUUAUUUUAUUAAAUGAUAAAAUAAAUCUUAUAGGGUUCGUUUUGUACGUCGUAUUGUAUUGUACUGUGUUAAAUUGUAUUGUAUUAGUAUUAUUUAAUACAAUACUAUAUUCGGUAUUGACUUGUAUUAAUAGAUUGUGUAAAGUUAUAAUAUAUUUUCAAUACACUUGACCCCAACACCAACUAUAUGGGUUCGGGUCGCGGGUCUCAGGUCUAGGGUCCAAGUCAUAGGUCUGGGUCCGGGUUCAGGUUUGGGUUUGGGUCCGGGUCUAGGUAUACGACCCUUAUACGGCAUACUAAACGAGCCCAUAUUUUCUAAAAUAGUACAAAUAGGACCCUAAACUCAAUUUUCGAUAAUUUUUUUAAUAUAACCAACUUAAAGAUAGUUCCUAGUACGAACAAAUGUAGAAAAUAUAACCAAUUUUAUCAUAACACAUCUAGAUUGGGUUAUUAUUUAGUUUUAUUUUGAUAAAAAAAAAUUAGUUUAUAAUA